AUGGCCACCAUGACCACCGAAAUGCACCCCUUCUACACGUCCAGUACCUCGCAUAUGUCGCAUGCGCCUGCGGCCGUGGAUAAGCUGCUGACCAAGUACUCCUCAUCCAUGACCAACACGUCGAAUUCGCUGCUCAACCGCCGUCAGAAUCCCUUUCAGCGUGUGAUCGACCGCGUCCGACUCGAGUACUACCGCUACGAAGUCACCUUCGGCCUCUACGUCAUGACCCCCAGCGAAAAGUGUGUCGCGAAUACUUUCGUCUUUGUCGUCAUCAGCCUCCUGCUGUGGGCGCUGCUGCUAUACUUCCCGCCGCUACUCUAUAACAAACUCGCCCGCGUCAUUUGGCUGCUGACCGGCCACAGUGGUGAGGGGGUCACCGCGGCACUGGGAGUCCUGGACAUGAACGGUAAUGCAUUCUCGCCUACCUCGAUCGCCGAGGCUCCUUUGGCCUCGUGA